AUGGCAAUGGUACCAAUAAAGUAUACGUCGAAAGAACAACAAGUCGGUAUGAAAUUAACAGAUGAGAAAAAUUGUGAAAAAUCGGAAAAGAAAUUGACAGUGCUCGAAUCACACGGUUAUACACUCGGAAAGACUAUUGGUGCCGGAUCAUAUGCCACCGUCAAAAUCGCAAAGUCUGAUCGAUAUGAUUAUCAAGUGGCAGUGAAGAUAGUCUCGAAAUUCCAAGCGCCUGGAGAAUACCUUACGAAAUUUCUACCCCGUGAGAUUGAGGUGGUCAAAGGAUUAAAACAUCCAAAUCUCAUUCACUUUUUGCAAGCAAUAGAAACCACACAUCGAGUAUAUAUUAUUAUGGAAUACGCGCAGAAUGGUAGCUUACUUGAUGUUAUACGACGUGAUACUUACAUUGAUGAGUUACGUAGCCGUAGGUGGUUUAGACAACUUUUAGAAGCCAUCGAUUAUUGCCACGAGCAUGGCAUAGUGCACAGAGAUAUAAAAUGCGAGAAUCUACUCAUGGAUUAUCGUUUCAAUAUUAAAUUGUCUGAUUUCGGAUUCGCGCGUGGACAAAUGAAGUUAAAGAAUGGCGAGUGGCCUCUCAGUACAACCUACUGUGGUAGUUAUGCUUAUGCGUCACCCGAAAUUUUACGUGGCAUCCCUUAUCAGCCUCAACUCUCUGAUAUAUGGUCCAUGGGCGUAGUACUUUAUGCUAUGGUUCAUGGUCGACUGCCAUUUGACGAUACAAAUUAUGCGCAACUGCUAAAGCAAGUACAAAACAGAGUAGUGUUUCCAAAAUAUCCUAAAGUAUCUCGAUUGUGUCGUUCGCUCAUUAUCCGUAUAUUAGUACCACAAUUUGCACGAUUACGCAUCAAUAGUAUAAAAAACGAUGCUUGGCUCGAGACAUCUGUUGUCGCUCAAACAUCAAUUAGUGACAGAUUUAUUGAUGAAUUACCUACAAUAUCUGCAACUAAAGAAUCCAAAGUAUUUGAUAAAUGUGUAGUACCAAUUGAACCUACCAUUCUUCAAGGGAAUGAGAAAUCGAAUGAGGUUAUCCAAGAAACAAAAAACUGACUUAAACGCAAAAUCAUAAGUUUCAUGUAACAUUGUUACAAAAAUAAUAUUGUAAAAUAAAACUACUGAAUAGAGUAUUAAAUAAUUAUAAAGUAAAAAAAGAUAUGCAUAAAAAAACA